GGGUCGACGUCUGCGCGUGCGUCCUAAGUGCGCGCGCGCGCUUCUACAGAGCACCGUGGUGGGGACGCUCAGUGUCAGUUCGUGCCGGGCGUUGCGGCGCAGUCAGUGGCCCCUUCAGUCUUUGAUCCGCAACUGUCGCGGGUGUGCGCGCGACGUUACUCGAAAGGCCGACGUUAACUCUGAACGACAGAAAAGUGUUAGAGUGAGAGAAGGAGAGAGAUAGAGAGAUAGAAAGAGAGAGAGAAAGAAGACCGAAAUAGAGAAGUUCAACAGCUUCCAAAGAGAAUUUCCAUUAUUUAUUAUCGUUGAUUCGUGGUGCGGAGACCUACUUUUUUUAUCACUAUCCUUUUUAAGGGUUGAAAUAUAUAGUUGGAGAUAGGUAGAUAAAUAGAGAGAGAGAGAGAGAGAGAGAAAUGUGCUUUGAGUGACUUGGAAUGGUCCCUCCUUGUUUUGAAAUUCUUCGUGAUAAGGAAGAUAAGAUCGACGUGUUUCGCCAAUUUUAAUCAUCGAUCUUUUUCUUCGUGGAUGUUAACGGAGAAGAGAUAAUUGAUCGUCCCUACGAUUCGAAAGUCAUUUUUUGGUUAAUAUGUGAAAUUGUUCUUAGGAUUUAUCCAAGUUCCGUCGAGUGAUCGAUAGCAGUCUCUGUGAGAGUGAAUCGAAAUUGAGUGUGUCAAAGUUUUUCUCAUCAUCGACGUUCGUGUCACGGCGCAAAGUUGAGGAAUUCGAUAUAAAGGAUAUUGUCGCGUUAGCAGAAUUAUUGAUAAUAUUAAUAAUAACAAUAAUAAUAGUAAUAAUAAUAAUAAAAAUAUUGAUACGAAGAGAGUAGAAAGAAGAGAAAAAGAGGAAACGAAGAAUCAAGAUUCUCCAGUUUAAACUUACGAAGGAAUUCCGAGGAAAUAAAGGCGUCCCUACGGAAGAAGGGACAGUGCUCGCGGCGGGGAGUUGAACUUUCUCGCUCUGUGUUGACAGAUCGAUAGGAAAGUUUGCUUACGCGAAUUUCCGCGUCGUGUCCGUCGCCGUACAAACUCUGUGUCUCGGUCUCUCAUCUGUGUACGCGUUUUACUAUCUUGUUUUUCUCGUUAACAACAACGUCGUGUUUAGGAGCGAAUACACGAGUAUCCUUAGAAAGAGAAUCUUGAAAGUAUCCGAAAGACGAUUGAAAGAUUAUCGUAAGAAAAAGAAGAAGAAGAGAAAGAAGAAGAAGAAGAAGAAGGAGAAGGAGGAGGAGGAGGAAAGUAGGAGUGAUAGAAGAUCAAAGAGGUAGCGAAAGCAGCAACGACGGUGAUAGAUGCCAAUCGCAGCAGCCAAUCGGAAAAUCUGACGGCUCGUCGUCGAGCCGGUCAUAGUCGAGGCAGUCUGUCGUUCUCGUUGCCAUCGCGCGAAUAUCUAGUAGAAUAUAGAAAUCGAAAGGAGGAUAAGAAACAUAAAGAUCAGGAGAAACAUUAUCAACAACAACAACAACAACAACAACAACAUCAUCAACAUCAAUACCAGCAACGUAAUCAACGACUCAGCGAAGAUCACCGGGGCUCUUCUUGCCCCAGACUCGUCGAGGAGAGUCGAGGGAAGUGUGCAACGGUGAAGGGUAACGGUGGAUUUGGUGAUUACUCCGCUGCCGGAGAGUUUGAAGUCUGGGGUGAAGAACGCGUUGCGACGGAUGGUGGUGGUGUUGUUGUAGGGGGAGGGGGUGGUGGAGGGGUGUCGUCGACGACGACGACGGCGAAACCGCCUUCGCGGCAGCAACGAUGCGAAGGCGGUUCUGCCCUGAGACCGUUGCUCCACGUCGCUCAUUGUGAGCUUCAUUCGCCACGCGAGGCCGAGCUCCUCAGGUUGGAUCACCUCGAGGCGCUCGAGCACAAGUCCUCGCUCGAACACGACGCCUACUCGAUGAUGGAUAAUUUUCACAGCCCGGUACCACCUCCGUUACCACGACGUCACGUCCGACUUCCACCACCGCAACAGCAGGUGACCGUAGGUUCCUUAGGAGGUGGUCUCGGAAGUGGAGCUGGUAAUGGCGGUACCGGGACCGUCGCAGCUCAAAAUCAAGCGAUGGUGAUGCCAGGCUUUCCGCUUCGAGCCGCGGCAGUACCGCAUUACUCUCCUUACUCACCGUCGCGUUUUCACAUCGACAAACGCUGUCAACAUAGAUGCUCUUGGAAAUGUUUCUCCAUCGCCUUGAUAUUACUCGCCGUUGCUCUCACCGGCAUGCUCGCGUAUUUUGCUGCAGUGAGUUCCAUGCGGCCGAUAGACAAUAACAACUGCGUAGUGGUUCAAGAUAUCAAGACUGUCACUCAUGAAAACGCUCACGUUCACGACCCUAUAUCAACUCAGAUACCAACGGAAGAAUCCUUGCCGACCAGUACUGCCGAACAUUCUAGUGCUGCAGAUAGUGUUGGGGACCAGCAAAGCGAUCCGCAAAUUCAACAAUCGGCCCAACAAUGGCCAGCCGUGCUCGAGCUUCAAGCUUACAACGUAGCGCACUCGGCUGUUAUACUACCAUACCACUUUUGGAAUACCGAGUUCCGCAACAAGCAACCGGCUUUCAUCAGGUUAAACCUAACGUUACCUUGGGGUGCGAACUUUGCCGUUUACGGAAGACGAAACGUGGCACCAAGCGUCACGCAGUACGACUUCGUUGAAUUUGUAAAAGGUGGCCGUGUGGAUCACAGACUUAAGAGGGAUGCACCGUCCGAAGCUGUGAGCUUUAUGAAGCAGGCAACGCAAGAUUUUGGCAUUGAACCUAACCGAUCUUCGCAAGAGACUGGAACAAAAUCUAUCAAGUCUUAUCAACAUAUUCUCAUAAAAAGAACGAUCGUAGAGCCAAUGAUGGUCAACGUUAGUCUUCUUCAAUAUUUGGACACUGGCCGUUGGUUCUUGUCAGUUUAUAACGAUGAACUUCAACCCUACAAGGUUACGCUGGUCGUCACCGAAGCUGAAGGAGUCUCUACGACUUGUCCUAACGAUUGUUCUGGUAGAGGAUCGUGUUAUCUUGGAAAAUGUGAUUGCAUCGAUGGUUAUCAGGGUGCCGACUGUAGUAAGAGCGUAUGUCCUGUUUUGUGUUCGUCUCACGGCCAGUACGGCGGUGGUAUGUGUCACUGUGAGGAUGGUUGGAAAGGUGCCGAAUGCGACAUACCGUUAGGAGAUUGCCAAGUUCCUGAUUGCAAUCAACAUGGGCAGUGCGUUAGAGGAUCGUGCGUUUGUAAUCCUGGCUGGAAGGGUGCCUUCUGUAACGAACCCGAUUGUCCGGAUCCAAACUGCAGCGGUCAUGGCGCCUGCGUGUCCGGCAAGUGUUACUGCAAGGCAGGCUGGCAGGGUGAACGAUGCAAUCAGGUCGAUCAGCAGGUGUAUCAGUGUCUACCGGGUUGUUCGGACCAUGGCACGUACGACCUCGAGUCUGCCGCGUGCAUCUGCGAGGAACAUUGGACUGGGGUCGAUUGUUCACAACCCAGUUGUGGCCUGGACUGUGGUCCUCAUGGAUCCUGCGAACAGGGUCGCUGCAAAUGUCACGACGAUUGGACUGGAACGAAAUGCGAUCAGAAACCAUGUGAUCCACGUUGUGCCGAACAUGGUCAAUGUAAGAACGGAACUUGCGUGUGUAGUCAAGGAUGGAACGGAAGACAUUGUACUUUGCCUGGAUGCGAGAAUGGUUGCACCAGACACGGACUGUGCACGUUGCAAGACGGCGAGUACAGUUGCGAAUGCUCGACCGGUUGGGCUGGCAGAGACUGUAGCAUACGACUUGAGAUGGAAUGUAAUGAUUUUGUCGACAAUGAUCAGGAUGGCAUGGUGGACUGUUCCGAUAGCGAAUGUUGCUCGCACGCUACUUGUGCCGAGCAUAUUAUGUGCCUGGCUAGUAAAAAUCCGGUUGAUGUUCUCCUGAGGAAACAACCACCUAGUGUCACUGCAUCGUUUUAUCAACGAGUCAAAUUCCUCGUCGAGGAAAAUAGCGUACAGAGCUACGCUCACAUGGACGAAUAUACGGAAAGUACGUUCUGGAGUUCCUUUACACCGUGUCGUGUUGCGGUGAUGAGAGGCCAAGUUGUAACCGAGCAAGGACUUGGAAUAGUAGGCAUCAGAGUCUCCGUUGACAGGGACUCACGAUUUGGAUUCACCUUGACCAGAGCUGAUGGAUGGUUCGACGUUUUGGUUAAUGGUGGAGGAGCCGUGACAUUGCAAUUUCAACGUAGCCCAUUCAAACCUCUUACGAGGACUGUGUUCGUGCCCUGGAAUCAGAUCGUUGUUUUACCACCCGUCGUGAUGACCCUUAGCAAGGAAGGAGAGCCGUACAAAUCUAAUCAGCCACCUAGUCCAGCAGUCGGCUUCCCAGGGAUUUCCAUGGGGCUCUUUAGCGAGCACGGACCAUGUUUGGAACACGAUCAUGAGACUCUACGUCCAAUCAUCGUUAGCACAUGGAUGCCAGAAAAAGUGGGUGGUUUGCCAGGGAAAAGUCUGGUAUUCGCUGAGAGUCAAAUCGUCCAAGAAAGUAUCGCCAUACCUGGAUCUAAUCUCCAUUUGAUGUAUCAAAGUAGUCAAGCUGCUGGAUACCUUUCUACUGUUAGAAUGCAAUUGACUGGACCAUUUAUUCCAAAAUCUUUAACGCACGUACACGUGCACGUAGAAAUCGAGGGUUCACUUCAUACAAAAACCUAUGAAGCCGACCCCAAUUUGACGCACACUUUCGCAUGGAACAAGAGAAAUGUCUAUAAGCAAAAAGUAUACGGAGUUGCACAAGCAAGAAUUUCAAUCGGUUAUCAACAUUCUACUUGCCCUUCCGUCAUAUGGGAAACUCAAACUGCGAUUUUGCAAGGAUUUGACGUAGACAUUUCCGAUAUCGGUGGUUGGGGACUCGACAUCCAUCAUCAUUACAACUUCCACGAAGGAAUCCUUCAAAAAGGGGAUGGAUCAACGUUACACUUCAAACAAUAUCCACGUACCGUAAAAGUAGUAAUGGGUACUGGUCUUCAAAGAAGCUUGGUCUGUCAAAACUGUGAUGGUUUGGCCAAAGAUGCUAGACUUUUGACACCGGUAGCUCUUACCAGCGGCCCAGACGGUAGUAUCUACGUCGGUGACUUUAAUCUCGUACGUAGAAUUACACCCGAAGGAAACGUUUAUACCGUUUUAAUUUUAAGUGCAACUCAAGUAGCCUAUCAGUACUAUCUAUGUGUCUCCCCUGCCGACGGACAUCUAUAUAUCAGUGAUCCUGAAAAACAUCAGAUAUUAAAAGCGCUUUCAUUAGAACAAGUUCAGGAUCCUAGCAUCAACAUUGAACCGGUUGUCGGUAGCGGUGAAAGAUGUAUUCCGGGUGACGAGGGUCAUUGUGGAGACGAGGGUCCAGCGAUACGAGCAAAAUUGGCCCACCCAAAAGGUAUCGCGAUUGCUGCCGAUAAAACUAUGUAUAUAGCCGAUGGCACAAACAUACGCGCUGUCGAUCCACAUGGUAUUAUACACACACUGGUUGGACAUCAUGGUCACCACAAUCAUUGGUCACCGGCACCAUGUGUUGGUGCUAUACCUGCUCAUCAAGCUCAACUGCAAUGGCCGACAGGAUUGACUCUAAGUCCUCUCGAUGGAUCCCUACAUUUCAUUGACGAUAGACUUGUCCUGAAAUUAACCAGUGAUUUAAAAGUACGCGUAGUAGCCGGUACACCUCUUCACUGUACCAGUAAUGCCAACAACAACGGCAAUGCUAACACCAGCGAACUCACCAAAUUAAAUUCGACUAUAGCAACGAAUCUAAAGAAAUCCGAUGACGUUCUUGGUUCGGUUUUAGCCGUUGGUUUUAGCCCAACCGGUGAACUUUACAUAGCCGACAGUGAUUCUCAUCGGGUUAAUUCUAUUAGAAUAGUCGAUUCCUCUGGAAAAAUGUCUCAUUUUGCUGGACAGCAACAGGAACGAUUACGUGGUCAAUGCGAAUGUAAUAAUACGACUCCUAGUACAAAAGAUUUGGAUGCAUGUACUUGCACAGAUGAUACCAGUAGCACGGAGACACUUUUAUCAUCGAAUGCCAAGUUCACUGCCAUAUCAGCCUUAGCAGUAUCUCCUGAUGGCGUUGUUCACGUCGCGGAUCAAGGAAGUUUACAUAUUUUGGCUUUGCAACCAUAUCUUCCGAAUCACGAUGAAAGUGGCGAGUUCCUCAUUCCCUUCCCUCCGUCUAACGAAGUUUACGUGUUCAAUCGUUAUGGUCAGCACAUAUCUACGAAGGACCUAACAUCUGGAAAAACUCGGUAUUCGUUCCUAUACAGUAAAAAUACUAGCUUUGGCAAACUCUCUACUGUAACUGAUAGCGCAGGAAACAAAAUACAAUUUUUACGAGAUUACAGUAGCGUGGUUAGUACAAUUGAAAAUACUCAAGAUCAUAAAUCCGAAUUGAAAAUUUCUGCCGUUGGUUUUCUCGAAAAAUUAUCUGAAAGAGGUAGAGCGGAGAUUGCUCUUGGAUAUGAUGGUUCUACUGGUCUACUCACGAGUCGUUCAGGGGGAGACGAAACCUAUAUUUACAAUUAUGACGGUUUGGGAAGAGUCACUGAUGUAAUCUUACCAACAGGAGAAAAAUUAAAAUUAUCUUCGGAUCUUUCUAACGACGAAGGUCUUUCCGUACAAGUAUCUGCUCCUCUUCAAGCAUUGUCAAAAGGAGAUAAACAAAGAUUUGUAGAAUUUGAAAUGAAGAAUGAGAGAUCUAAAAUGCUUACUAUCACCGAUGGUACGAAAAUUAUGAAAGCAACUUCAUUCACGAACAGUAGUUUGGCAGUAUGUCUUCCUAGUGGUGGAAGAAUAUUAAGUGCAGCGACGACUAAACAUCCUCUGCUUGAAGCCGCUUUGCCGGUGGAAGCAGAAAUGUUACCAAUGUGGAGUUAUCAAGUGAUGUCCCUCGGUGAACUAACAAAUACAAUGACCACCACUUAUAAUCUUGUCGGGGACGUAAGCCACUUUCAACAGACACUUAAUAGAGAGAUCUGGGUAAACGAUACAAGAGUAAUCGCUGUCGAAUUCGAACAAGCAUUCAGGCGAGAAACUUUCUACGACAAAACGAGAACACCUCUAUUGACUGUGAUCUUCGAUCCUGCUGGAUUGCCAUUACUUUGGCAACCUCACGAACAAGGACAUAACCUUAGCAUCACUUACGAUAGAUUUAAUCGUAUAGAAAGUUGGAAAUGGGGUGCAUCGGACGAAUCUUAUGGUUACGAUCGACAUGGCCAAUUGGCAGAUGUCACCAAUAGUCAAGAUGGCACAAAACGAUAUACCUAUAACGACUUCAACAUGCUUUCCAAGAUAACUCUUCCUAGCGACAGACAUUUCUCUUUGGAAUACGACGAUGACGGUGGCUUACGGCAUAUUAUUCUUCCAUCAGGAACGAAACAUUCUUUCUCUUGUCAAGCCUCUCUCGGUUUUCUUCGAGUAACAUAUACACCACCAGGAAGUACUAGAGCGUAUCUUCAACACUACAGUCACGACGGUAAUCUUCUACAAACUGUAUUUCCUGGCGAUGGCGCACGUAUCGUCUAUAGAUAUCAUACAUCUGGACAAUUGGCUGAAGUCGUUCAUGGUGAUGGAAAAAGUGAAAUAAGGUACACCGAAAGUGGUUUACCUUCUGAAGUUAUACAUUCUGAAAGAGAUGUGGAAUAUAGAUGGGAUUAUCAAUAUAGUGCUGGUCUUCUUGUCGAAGAACGUAUAGAUUUCGGAGCCAAAACCGGACUCAGCAAUGCCAAAUUUACUUUUGAUUAUGAUUCGAACUUCAGAUUGAUCGCUGUACAGGGUAGAAUAGGCGGUCAAACUUUACCACCUCACACCAUGGCUUACAAUCCAAGAACUGGCUUAUUGGAACAGAUAGGGCAAUUUAAAAUAACGAAACCACAAAUAAACGAGACUACGGUUUUCGAUGGCACUGCACUUUUUUCAAGGAUUACCGACGACAGAUUCCACGAAACUCAAGUGACAGUAACUAUUCACAGUUUGGAAGUGUUUAGAAUGGAAUUCACGCACGAUUCUCGAGGACGUAUAAAUCAAACCAGGACGUAUACUCGUAACGUUGCUGUUAAUACGUACACCAAUGUGAAAAAUUACACAUGGGAUUGCGAUGGACAAUUAACGGGUGUCGAAGCACAAGAACCAUGGGGUUUCAAAUAUGACGGAAAUGGUAAUAUGUUAUCACUUAGAUAUCGUGGAAACACCAUACCCAUGGAAUACAAUACCAUGGAUAGAAUAAUUAAAUUCGGCGAAGGUCUUUACAAAUAUGACAAUAGAGGUCUUGUGGUUCAAAAUGCUAGAGAAGAGAGAUUUAAUUACAACGCUAAAGGUCUAUUAGUACGUGCCACUAAACGUGGCCGAUUCGACGUCCGUUAUUAUUACGAUCAUCUCGAUCGUUUGGCAACGAGAAAAGAUAAUUAUGGAAACGUGACUCAAUUCUUUUAUAACAAUCAAAAACGUCCUCACGAAGUCAGCCAAAUAUAUAGUCCACGUGAUGGAAAGCUGAUGUCUUUGGUUUAUGACGAUAGAGGCCAUCUUAUUUAUGCACAAGUUUAUCGACAUAAAUAUUAUAUCGCCACUGAUCAGUGUGGCACGCCUAUAAUGAUUUUCAAUCAAUAUGGCGAAGGCAUAAGAGAAAUCAUGAGAUCCCCAUACGGACACAUUGUGUAUGAUUCGAACCCCUAUUUGUACUUACCUGUUGAUUUUUGUGGCGGAUUGUUGGAUCAGGUAACUUCAUUGGUUCACAUGCCAAAUGGAAAGGUUUACGAUCCUUUGAUAGGCCAAUGGAUGUCUCCUCUUUGGGAAAAUGUCUUGGACAGGAUAGAUACACCAACGCAUCUGCAUCUUUACAGAUUUAACGGGAACGAUCCGAUCGAUAUCAGGCAUACAGAUAGACCAAAUCAACCCACAGAUCACAUAUCAUGGUUCACACAUCUUGGAUACGAUCUAAAGAGUUUAGCACCUCAAUUAUUCCCUGACGAGCUUCCCGAUAGUUUAGUACCACCGGCUCUUGGUCCAGGUACUUCUAUAUUUGGCAAGAAGAAAAGAACGAGAAAUCUUGGUGUUCAAUCAGGCUUUUUAGCCCACAUUGCUCAAAGACAUUCUGGUGAUGCGAUGAGCCUUUCAGCACCACCACGAUCAGCUCUUAAAAAAGACACUAGUGAACUAAUCCCGAGUCGUUUAGGUGCUGCCUCAGAUCCACCAUUCGGUAAAGGAAUCCUUGUUUCGAGAACAGCCGAUGGACAGGCUGUAGUGUCGAGUGUGCCAACGGCGAACGCUAUUUAUGGUGACGUCUUCACCUCGGUGUUCAAUCGUUCGUAUUUCUUACCGUUCACGUUCGUCGUUCACAGUGCUCAACAAGAUGCUUUUUACUUCGUCAAGGAAGAAACUUGGAGAGCUAGCGAGGAUCGUGGUCAAUUGAAACGUCUCGGUGGACAAGUGAAUACUACUUUCCACGAGAACGAAAAUGGCAGUGGAAGUAGCUCGCUGAUCGACGUGAAGAUACACGGUACCAGCUACGUCGUCAAUUUGCGAUAUGGCACGACAGCCGAGAAAGAAAAGCAACGACUUCUUCAUCACGCAAAAGCAACUGCCAUUCGUAAGGCUUGGCAUAGAGAACGGGAAGCUCUUAAAGCUAACACUCCAACAACGAACGAAUGGAUGGUAGCCGAACAGGACGAGAUAUUGAAAGUUGGUGUAGCCUCGAAUUACGAAGGUGAAUAUAUACAUGAUGCUCAAAUCUAUCCAGAGCUAGCGGAGGAUCCUUACAACAUAAGAUUCGUCAAAAAAGCCGUUGACACUUCAAGUAAGAAACGACGCAGAAGGAGAGGAGCACCAUCUUGCAAGCUUUGGUGGUUGGAUAAAUUUUGCUAGAUCGUCUGGAUCAAUAAAAACGAUAUAUGGCUCUCCUUCCACUGCCCUUCUUUUUAAUGGGUUAAUUACUGUCCAAAAAACUGAUUGCUAUGGUCUCUCUCUUUUGGUAGACGUUACGCAAACGAAUAAAAAGAAAGGCAAUAUGAGCAAAGAAAAAGAGAGAGAAAAACAAAGAGAUAAAGAAUGAAGAAAGAAAUUAUAAAGAGUGUUACUAGAAAGAUGAGAAUUACUGUGACAUAUUAUCCGCAGUGUUCUUUGAUACACACACGUAUAAAGAAAGACAAAAAGAAAAAAAGAGAAAGAGAGAGAGAAAGAGAGAGAGAGAGAAAUAAAAAAAAAGAAAACGUACUGAACACUAUCAAAAAGUUUUAUACCAAAGUCUAUUUGUGUAUUUCAAAGAUGCCAAAAACACUAACGUUAUAUGAUCUACCGCGAUAGGGUGUAGUGUGUAAGCAUUAAAAAAAAAAGUAUGCGUGGCGUGGAUUACGGAUUAAUCUUGCCCGCGGAUAAGAGUACGCGACAGAACCGUGAUUUGGCAGACGCGCGAAAGCCUUAUAAAUAAAUCGGUGCAAGAGCUUUCCAUAAAAAUGAAGAAGAAUCUCUCUUUCUCGAAAAGAGAUUUGUGACUUUUGAAAGUCUGGUGUUCGAAUUUGAUGGACAUAAAUAUUAUGGAUGAAACGAGAGAGAGAGAGAGAGAGGGAGAGAGAGAGAGAGAGAUACGAUAUGAAAAGAAUGAUUUUAAUUCGGAUAUAUAGGGUAUUUCCAAAGGACGAAAAAGUCAGUAUAUAAAAUGAACGUGGGCGCAGUGUAAAUGUACGUGUAACGAGCGAAGACACAAAUACCAUUCGUUUUCUAAAAUUCGUGAAAACAAGCGUGUGUGUCACGUCAUCGUUAGAGGGACGGAAAAUAAAAAAAAUAAAAAGAAAACAAAAAUGCAAGCGGGCCAUUCGUCGUUGAGGCGAGUCGAGUGAGAGAAACUAGUCAAUAUAUAGCUUUACAUUGACGUAUAAACUUUUCAUUAGAGUAAGAACGAGAGAGAGAGAGAGAGAGAGAGAGAGAGAGAGUUAUAGCGAAUAUGCAUGUAUGAAAGAGAAAGAGAGAGAAUGCGAUCCUUGCCGUACAAUGUGAAACUGUGUGUACCCACCUGCCCAUUCGUAUGCGAGCGAUACUUCGUCGUCGUCGUACUUAGAUAGAAGAAGAAGUUAAAAAAAAAAAAAGAAAAAAGAAAGAAAAAGAAGUUGAUAAAAAAAGUGAAUUACACAAAGCGAUAAAACGUGGAUUGCAAGUGGACGCGAACCGAAUGUGCACACAUAUCUCAACAAUGAAUGGCCUCGGAAUUCGUAAGAAAGCUCGCGCGUUAUCGUUCUAAGAUGACUCCUAUUUAUUUUUUAUUUUUUAUUUUUUUCGUUCAUUGUCAGUGUAAUAAAAGAGGGGACACAAAAGUCGUUUCGUUCGUUUGAUCGAUCGAUCUAAAAAGAAGAUAAAAAAGCAGAAGAAGGGAUUGACGUGUACGAUUGAUCGACUUAGCUCGAGUUCUACUUUGAAGCCUUAGAAUGUAUCGGCAAGAAGAAAGAGACGAGCAAAUUUGUAUUAUAAAGUGGUGCUUUCUCCGGCGAUGCAAAAAAAAACAAAAAGAGAGCGAGAAUCUUGUGCAGUGUUGAACGAUGAGAGAGAGAGAGAGAGAGAAAGAGUAUGAUUGAGAGAGCAUGAGCGUGAAUGGAACAUUGUAUUAUUAUUAGGCUUAAACAUAUUUUUAAACAUGGAUGUGUCGUAUCCUAGCACUUUAGCGUCCAACCUCCGUAAAAACGAACCUAGAAAAGGAAAAAAAAAAGAAAAGAAAAUGAGAAACUUCUUAUAUUACUGCCAUCAGCAGGAUUAACGAACUAUAACGACGAUCGAAGAUAUAAAACGUGUCUCGGGAUAAUCGAUGGUACACUCUCUGUUUGUUAAUCCCGUUCGCACGAUAUACGCAUUAUAAAUAUAUAUAUUUUAGGCGGGGUAAAGAAGGAAGCGUCGGGCGAGCGAGCAAGCCGAUGUCUCUCUCUCUGUUUAAGUGAAAUAUUAAAAUUAAAAGAAAAAAAAUAAGGAAAGAGAGAAUAUAGAAAGAAAGAAAUAAUGAAAGAAAGAAAGAAAAAGCAGAAGAAAAUAAAGAAGAAGAAGAAAAGAAGAAGAAGAAAAAGGAGAAAUGAUUCAUUAUCGGUAAAUAAAAAAAAUAAAAAAAAAAAUAAAAAAAAAAUACAUAUACAAUAUUGCAUAUUUGUGCUUGCUGGAUAUGAAUAACACGAACGUCAAACUAUGUUUCUCUUCAUUGAGUAAUAAGUGUGUAUCUAAAUUAACGCGACCAACAACUCUCCCUCCUAUUCCCGUUCUAAUCCCAUCAGUACCGAUCGUUUUCCUUGUAUCGAACGUAUGUAAAUUAUUAAUACGUUCUAAGAGCCGUGCAUAAUUACUAAGAUAAUUAGUUAGCAUCACCGAAUUAGCCCUCGCUAUCCCCUUACCCCACCCAUCCAAAAUCCCCGUCGCUCUCUCUCUCUCUCUCUCUCCUCUCUCUCUCGCUCUCUUUCUCUCUCUCUCUCUCUCUCUCUCUCUCUCUCUCUCUCACUCUUUCUCUUUCUCUCACAGUAGCUCUAUUUCCCUCUCAUCGUCCUCUCGGCAUCCUAUUAACAACAUCGCGAGAAUCAGAGCGGAUUUGUCCAAUUCACGGCGUUAUCUCAUCAUCCGCGUUUCUUCAAAUACUUUUGUGAGCUAAUCUCGUCGACGCCACCAAUAAAUAGACAUAAUGGCACAACGACGUUAACUGUCUGGAUAAAUGAAGAAGAUUUUACUUAUGAUACACUGAAUGUAUAAAUAAAAUGAGAAAAAAAAACAAUAUAAAUAUAUAUGAAUACCUAUAUAUAUAGGGAGGCUUUGUAAUGUACUUUUGAGUCGAACGAGCGUUUAAAUGUAUACGAACGAAAGAAAACUGAGAAGCUGCGGUCCAAUUCACGAGAAACGAUCAAUCUUUUUUUUUAUACGUUUUCUUUGCCAACAAAUAAUAGGAACAGAGGGAAAUAGAGAGAAAAUUAAAUGUUCAUUCGAAGAAAAAAUGAUUUAUCUUCUUAUCUUAGAUCGCCGAACUAUAAGUAUUCAUUAGAAAUUCGUAAGCAUCUAAACGCUCGUCGUUUGCUAUAAUAUCCGUUCUCAUCUUGUGCCGAACGUUGCCACCAUUCGGACCGGCAAUGGGAUUCGAAAAAGUCGACUAUUUUUUAAAAUAUCGAACAUCAAAUUAUGUAUAUACGCGUAAAGUUACAUGAGGCCCUCUCGCGUAUUUGAGAAAGACAAAGAGAAAGAGAGAGAGAGAGAGAGAGAGAGAGACGUUAGAAAGAAAAAAGAAAAAAAAAGGAAAAUGAAGAGAACAUGACUCACGUUACUUUGACAUAGUCUCUUAGUAAAACAAAAAGGAAGAAGAAGAAAGAAAAAGUUAACAAAAAAAGUAAAAUCAAGAAAAUGCAGUCUCUAACUUCCGUGAAGUUUCAUCUCGUUUUGCAAAUUUAGUUCGUCCCCCUCGUCGAUCGAUCGGGGCACGCGAUAAUCCCACGUAAUUCUUUAAGUAAAUAUCAGGUAGAUUACAAAAAAAUAACAAUUAUAUAUAUAUAUACAUAUAUAUAUACAUAUACAUGUGUGUGUUCGUAUAUAUAUAUGUGUGUGUAUGAAAUAUAAAUAUGUGAGAGCGGGAGAGAAAGAGAGAGAGAGAGAGAGAGAGAGAGAGAGAGAGAGAAAGAGAGAGGAAGAGAAUGAAACGGUUAGAUUAUAAGUUGGUCCAUGCGGUAUAAAAUAUAUAAUAUACUCGAUUGACACGAAGCGGCGUCUCGGUGGAUCGUGUGGUCAAGAAAAUAAAAAUUAGAAUAAACAAAUUGAAACAAGAGGAAAAAUAGUAAGAUGGAAAUUGAACGAAAACAAAAGCGAAAGAGAGAGAGAGAGAGAGAGAGCGAGCGAACGAGAUAGAAAGAAAGAGAGAGAGCAAGUGAGUGAGAGUGAAAAGAGAGAGAAAAAUAUAUAUAUAUAUUUAUUAUAUAUAUAAUAUAUAUAUAUAAAUAUAUUAAGAAGCGAACGAAAGCACAAGUCAGCCACGCUGCAGCUACUACGACCACUACCCUAGGUAGAUUAAACGCUACUUUGCCGCUGAUCUAAUUGUUUACUGUCACGUGUUGCUGUAAACCUAAACUAACGAUACGAUAUAUUUUAUUUAUAUAAUCUAAUCGACUGUAUUUAUUGUAAAUAGUCACGAUGUUUGCUAUGAUAUAAUAUAUCUGUAAUUGGAUGGAAUCUGCCUGAAACUGCGCCCAAGCCCUCUGUCCUUCACUACAAACUGAAAAAAUAAGAGUUAAAAAAAAAGAAAAUAAAAGAAAAAAGAAAAGAGGAGUCUAAGGAAAAAGAAUAAAAAAUAAAUAAAUAAAUAAAUAAAUGACGCCGUACCUCGCGCAUGGAACACCGGCGAUAAAAUAAAUAAAUAAAUAAUUAUUAAAUUAAUUAAUUAAUUAAUAUAAUCGGAAAGCCCCUGUUGUGCGUUUCGCGAUAAUUUAAAUUCGCCGUUGUUGUAUAACGCGUUUGUAAUUCCGAGCGAGGAGUUAAAAGUGAGAGGUGUAAAAGCGAGAAAGAUGUCAAUAUUUCGUAUCGUAAUAGAGUGGACGAUGUCGCGGAACGAUCGAUCGUGUACGAUAACCGCCGUGUGCUCCAUUUUUAUCAAACUGCCUACCUUUUCUCCCCAACACUUAUCCUAAACGUAAAAAGAAAAGGAAAGAAAAGAAAAGAGAAAGAAAUAAAUAAAAAAGAGAAAUAACUAUGCUAACAAAUUCUCGUCCCUUUAUCAUAGGAGGACAAAAACGAAUGAUAAAUAUACAUACACAUAUAUAUAUACACAUGUAUGUAUGUGUGUAUAUAUACAUAUAUAAAUAAUUUUUAUAAAUGUAUUUUUUCUUCUCCAUUCCCGAUCCAGAAUCAUCCAGAUUUUCCCCUUCGAUAUGAAUAACAAAUUAUCGCGGUAGAAAAACGAAGAAAGAAAAAGAAAAAUAAAGAGAAACACAACAAAUUCGUAACUCGAAAUAUACAUAUACUGCCCCGAGGCAGGAAGGAAUGUCAUGACCCUACCAGCAUGUCCAAUAACUUACACACACAAUAUUACUAUCUUAAGUACAAUAUAUUAAGUGUUUUCAGAAAAUAUAUGAUCUAUAUAUGAUAAUAAAAAGGGAAAAAAACGUUU